AUGGCAACGGUUGAAACAGCAAAGACACAGUACGUUGUGGCAUCUGGUUGCAAGUAUGCAUACCGCCACCUAGGACCCGCGCUCGAGAAGUCCACCCCAAUUGUCUUUCUUCAGCAUUUUCGUGGAACAAUCGAUCAUUGGGAUCCUUCCCUCAUCAAUCUCAUUGCUACAGAGUACCCUGUGAUACUGAUCGAUAAUGCCGGCGUUGGGCAUUCCGAGGGGGUGGUUCCAGACACGGUGGCGGCUAUGGCUCGCAAUAUCGAGGCUGUUCUCGAAGCACUGAAGCUCAGGGAGAUUUACCUUUAUGGCUUUUCACUGGGCGGCAUGGUCGCACAGCAGGUGACGCUCGACACUCUUUCAUCAGGACUUGUGAAAAAAGCCAUGUUUGUGGGUACCUCACCAGGCGAAGGCCCAACGACACCAGCUGGCACCUUGGAGCUACCUUCAGAUGUUAGCGGUCUGCAAGCAAAUUCAGGCGCUCCAGAGCCGAAAAUGGAGAACAUGCGCAAGCUGUUCUUCUACGACUCAACAACUUCGUCCGCGGCUGCCGAGAAGUGGUGGGAAAGAAUACACCGGCGCAGUAAAGAGACCAGUGGCGAGGCCCGUGCACCGUACUUGCCUAUUGGCAUGAACGUGCUGAACAUGGUAAAAGCCGGCAGGAGCUGGGAUGCUGGGGAAGGCGUACUUGACCGCCUGCACGAAAUCAAUAUUCCUGUCUUUAUCGGAAACGGCCACAAGGAUUUCAUGUUACCAACUUCGCGCAGUUGGCUCAUGAACAGGGAGUUGCCAAACUCGAUGUUGAUUAUCUACCCAGAUAGUGGGCAUGGUGCCGGAUUCCAGCAUGCUGAGUUACAUGCUCGCCACAUACUGUCUUUCUUAAAAGAUGGCAUUCCAUGA